AUUCAGAGGCGCGGGGCCGGGCCUGGCGGACGCUUGUUGUUGUCCGGCCGGGGGAGGCGGAGGUCGCUCGCUCGCUCGCUCGGCUCGCUGACUCGCCGGGGCGCUCUGUGGCGGUCGGCGGCAGGUCGGUCGCGAGAGCGGGCUCUGUGCAGGGGGGCGAGGCUAUGUCGCGGUGGCAGCCCGGAUGGGCCGGCAGGGCCGGGAGUAACGGGACGUCGCCGCGGAGCUUCUUCCCCCGGAUACAGUGCGGCCCGAGCGGAGGCCGCGGCGCCGCCCUCCGAUCUUGAGGAGCCCGCGUUGCGCGGAGCCCGCCCCAGCCUGCGCACCGGCACCGACGCGGAGCGACCCAGCCCAGCCAGACCCGGCCCGGCCCGAUCUAACCCAGCCAGGCAGGCAACACUAGCCCCUCUGGAGCACGGAGCUCCUUCCCCAAGGACAUGAAGCUGUUGGAGAACUCGAGCUUUGAAGCCAUCAACUCACAGCUGACUGUGGAGACCGGAGAUGCCCACAUCAUCGGCAGGAUUGAGAGCUACUCGUGUAAGAUGGCAGGAGACGACAAACACAUGUUCAAGCAGUUCUGCCAGGAGGGCCAGCCCCACGUGCUGGAGGCACUCUCUCCACCCCAGACUUCAGGCCUCAGCCCCAGCAGACUCAGCAAAAGCCAAGGCGGCGAGGACGAGGGCCCCCUCAGUGACAAGUGCAGCCGCAAGACCCUCUUCUACCUGAUUGCCACGCUCAAUGAGUCCUUCAGGCCUGACUAUGACUUCAGCACGGCCCGCAGCCAUGAGUUCAGCCGGGAGCCCAGCCUUAGCUGGGUGGUGAAUGCAGUCAACUGCAGUCUGUUCUCAGCUGUGCGGGAGGACUUCAAGGCCCUGAAACCACAGCUGUGGAACGCGGUGGACGAGGAGAUCUGCCUGACUGAAUGUGACAUCUACAGCUAUAACCCAGACUUGGACUCGGAUCCUUUCGGGGAGGAUGGUAGCCUCUGGUCCUUCAACUACUUCUUCUACAACAAGCGGCUCAAGCGAAUCGUCUUCUUUAGCUGCCGUUCCAUCAGUGGCUCCACCUACACACCCUCAGAGGCAGGCAACGAGCUGGACAUGGAGCUGGGGGAGGAGGAGGUGGAGGAAGAAAGCAGAAGCGGAGGCAGUGGGGCCGAGGAGACCAGCACCAUGGAGGAGGACAGGGUCCCAGUGAUCUGUAUUUGAUGAGGAGGAGCCGAGGCCCCAGCUUCAUCCAGCUUCAACCAAUGCCUGGACCUGCCCACCUGAGAGGCCCCUGGGGCCUCCCCAGCUGCUGGCCAGACCCUGGCGCUGCCACAGUCCUGGCAUUGCCCGAGGCCAUACCUGCCUAGCCCUUUGGCUCCAUCCUGUGGAUGCCCACUCACCCGUCAGACUCCUGCUGCCCGUGCUGUGGCCGGACUUGGCAGCAGGGGGCCUGGUGGGAAGAGCGACUGCCCUGCCCAAAUGAACUGCCACAGCAGGGACAGCUGGACCACAGAGUUUAUUUUUGUAUUUCUACUGGGCCUGCACACUCCAGCCCAAAGGGUCUGUGGCCAGAGGCCCCGCAAGCAGGCCCCAGCGUCACCGGCUCUGGUCUUGGGCCGGCCCCUGGUGCCCACCUGUACCCCCACCUCGCCCAUUUGGCCGCGUGCACUGAGUGUCACUUUGCUGCAGCUCAUUUCUUUCCAAUAAAAGUUUCUGUGACUU